CCGAGAUGGCGGCGCCCGGGAAGGUGGUGUUUGGUGAGAAACCGAGCCACAAAAAGUACCGGGCCGCCCUGAAGAAGGAGAAACGAAAGAAACGUCGGCAGGAACUCGCUCGAUUGAGAGACUCAGGACUCUCACAGAAGGAAGAGGAGGAGGACACUUUCAUUGAAGAACAACAACUGGAAGAAGAGAAAUUGUUGGAGAGAGAGAGGCAAAAGUUGCAUGAGGAGUGGUUGCUGAGAGAGCAGAAGGCACAAGAAGAAUUCAGAAUAAAGAAGGAAAAGGAAGAGGCAGCUAGGAAACGGCAGGAAGAGCAAGAGAGAAAGUUAAAGGAAGAAUGGGAAGAACAGCAGAGAAAAGAGAGAGAAGAGGAGAAGCAGAAACUACAGGAGAAGAAAGAAAGAGAGGAAGCUGUGCAGAAGAUGCUGGAUCAGGCUGAAAAUGAGUUGGAAAAUGGUGCUACAUGGCAAAACCCAGAACCACCCAUGGAUUUAAGAAUAAUGGAGAAGGAUCGAGCUAAUUGUCCGUUCUACAGUAAAACAGGAGCUUGCAGAUUUGGAGAUAGGUGUUCACGUAAACAUAAUUUCCCAGCAUCGAGUCCCACCCUUCUUAUUAAAAGCAUGUUCACAACGUUUGGAAUGGAGCAGUGCAGGAGAGACGACUAUGACCCUGACUCAAGCCUGGAGUACAGCGAAGAGGAAACCUACCAGCAGUUCCUAGAUUUCUAUGAUGAUGUGCUCCCCGAGUUUAAGAAUGUGGGGAAAGUGAUUCAGUUCAAGGUCAGCUGCAACUUGGAGCCUCACCUGAGGGGCAACGUGUAUGUUCAGUACCAGUCGGAAGAAGAGUGCCAAGCAGCCCUUUCUCUGUUUAACGGGCGUUGGUAUGCAGGACGACAGCUUCAGUGCGAAUUCUGCCCAGUGACUCGGUGGAAAAUGGCAAUUUGUGGUUUAUUUGAGAUACAACAGUGUCCAAGAGGAAAACACUGCAACUUUCUUCAUGUGUUCAGAAAUCCCAAUAAUGAAUUUUGGGAAGCUAAUAGAGACAUGUACCUGUCUCCAGAUCGGACUGGCUCCUCGUUUGGUAAGAACUUGGAGAGGAGAGAGAGGAUGGGCCACCAUGACGAAUACUAUGACAAGCUGAGGAGGAGGAGAAGCCCCAGUCCAGACCACUCCUACAAGAGAAAUGGGGAAUCUGAGAGGAAAAGGAGAAGUAGUCACAGGGGGAAGAAAUCUCACAAACACAUGUCAAAGAGUCGUGAGAGGCGCCGUUCACGAAGUAGAGGAAGAAAAAGGGACCGUAGCCGGGGCUGGGGCAGCCGGAGCCAGAGCCGCAGGAUCCGACGGAGCCGGAGCCGGAGCCAGAGCUCCUCUAGGUCCAGGAGUCGUGGUAGGAGGAGGUCAGACAGUAGAGACAGAACUACUCAGAGUCCCAAAUCCAAAUAAACCUGUUUUGUUCUUAAA